AUGCAUUUCCGUAACCUCAGCGUAGCCGCCUUGGUUUCUUUCAUCACUUUGGCCUUCACCCGUCCGACAGCUCCAACUACAGAUGAGAUCGACAACCUCCCUGAUGGAAUCUACAGUAUCACCAAGUAUAACAACGGCACCUUUUCCGACAUCAUUUCCCUCGGCACUACAGAGAGCCUCGCAGGCUCAUCCGUGGACAUCGUAGCGCCAGCCAAAACCCAGGCCCUGCCCAAUCCCGAGACAAAUUGUGUAUCCCGCUCACUCAACGCGAAUGAUCUCCGAGGAGCACGCAAUGGGUUGAAUGAUUGGUGCGAAAGGGGCAAUUACUUGAAUCCUCGCACCUCAGUUUGGGUCAAAAAUAAGUCUGCACAAGCAUAUAUGUGCUACUAUGGCACUGGAACUGGCCCUUGCCAUACCUGGGAGACUGACGAUGCGCAUGCACUCAUGGACGCUGCUUGUGGUUCUUUAAAUGCUGCUUGGGUUUACAUUAAUGAUUGGCAGAAGUCUUAUGGAAGAGACACUUCUGGGAUUGCUGAGUGCGGCUGGUGA